AUGUGUAAGACCCCGGCCAUAGCGGAUAUUGUGAUCCUGGUGGACGGAUCAUGGAGUAUCGGACGGAUAAACUUCCGUCUGGUCCGCAUGUUCCUGGAGAAUCUGGUUAGCGCCUUCCAUGUGGAGUUUGACAAGACACGGAUAGGUCUGGCCCAGUAUAGUGGUGACCCCAGGAUUGAGUGGCACCUGAACACUUUCACCACCAAAGAAGCAGUCAUCGACGCUGUGAAGAACCUUCCCUACAAAGGAGGGAACACACUGACGGGUCUUGCAUUGACGUACAUCCUUGAGAACAGUUACAAACCCGAGUCCGGAUCCAGGGCCGGCGUUCCCAAAAUUGGAAUCCUGAUCACAGAUGGGAAGUCUCAAGACGAUGUCCAACCCCCGGCGCGGAGUCUGAGAGAGGCGGGAAUAGAGCUGUUUGCCAUUGGUGUGAAGAACGCCGACGAGAAAGAGCUGAAGGCCAUUGGCUCGCCUCCAGAGGAGACGCACGUCUACAACGUGGCUGACUUCAGCGCCAUGAGCUCCAUCGUGGAGGGUCUGACCAGGACCGUCUGUGACCGGGUCGAACAGCUCGACAAGGCCAUCAAAGGUGAGCCAGAUUCAAGUAGUAGAUUCGAGUAG